AGCCCCACUGCCUGCGGAGACCCUGGUGGCGGCGGAGAGCAGAGAGAACGGCGGUGGCGGAGGACGACCCAGCGUCAUGGCGGCGGCUCCGCCCGGCCCUGACCUGGCCCUGAGGGCACCCGGCUCUCCGCACCGUCUUCCUCCUGUGGCCGCCCCUGAACUCCACUGAGCCAUGGGGGAGAACAGCCCUCGGAAUGUCAUCUACUACGAGGUGGAGGAAGAUGACUUGGCUCGAGAUGACAAACUGAUAAGAUUUGAUGACCGGAAUGGCCUGGCCUCCCCUUCCUCCGGGACAGUCUAUGACAGGACGACCGUCCUCAUUGAGCAAGACCGGGAGCCAUUGGAGGAGGAGGAGGAGGAGGAGGAGGAGGAAGGGCAAGGCGGGCAUCUUUUGCCUUUCUUACAGGAGGAUAGAUUCCACUUGAUGGCUGAUCAUGAAGGCAUCUCCCAGGGCUACGUGCAGCACAUUAUUUCACCAGAUCAGAUCCAUUUAACUAUCAACCCUGGUUCAACUCCCAUGCCCCGGAACAUUGAGGGGGCCACCCUCACUUUGCAGUCAGAGUGCCCUGAAACCAAGCUUAAAGAAGUGAAGCGCUACCAGUGCACGUUUGAGGGCUGCCCUCGUACCUACAGCACUGCAGGCAACUUGCGCACUCACCAAAAGACCCACCGUGGGGAGUACACCUUUGUGUGCAAUCAGGAGGGGUGUGGGAAGGCCUUUCUGACAUCCUACAGCCUGAAAAUCCAUGUCCGGGUGCACACCAAGGAGAAGCCCUUUGAGUGUGAUGUUCAAGGUUGUGAAAAAGCCUUCAAUACACUGUACAGGUUAAAAGCCCAUCAGAGGCUUCACACAGGGAAAACAUUUAACUGUGAAUCAGAAGGUUGCAGCAAGUACUUUACAACCCUCAGUGAUCUGCGGAAACACAUUCGGACUCACACUGGAGAGAAGCCAUUCAGGUGUGACCAUGAUGGCUGUGGGAAAGCCUUUGCUGUUAGCCAUCAUCUGAAGACACAUGUCAGGACACACACUGGUGAGAGACCUUUCUUUUGUCCCAGCAAUGGGUGUGAAAAGGCCUUUAGCACGCAGUAUAGCCUCAAAAGUCACAUGAAAGGACAUGAAAAAGGAUCCUCAUACACUUUAUUCUCCAACAACAAUCUCUCUGAGGAUACAAACCACUCACUCUGCCUGAGCGACUUAAGCCUUAUGUCCACAGAUUCAGAACUGCGGGAUAAUUCAGAUCCAGCACAUGGACAAGACCUGAGUACGAUCUCACCAGCAAGCAUCUUCGAGUCAAUGUUCCAGAGCCCAGAGCCUCCUCCACAUCAGGAAGACUCUCAGCACACAGAUGCCUUGAUGGGAGAUUUUGGUGGUGAUACUCAGCUAGCUCCAGCAGCCCAGCCAGCAUCAGGAGAGACUGUGCCCUUAUCUCUGCCACUUGUUCUCCAGCUUGGCAUCUCUGAGCCUUCCCUCCAAGCACUGCCUCCUGCAUCCACGGGUGCUCAGCCAGCAGCGUACAGCACCCCUGCCAGUCUCCUGCAGCCUCCAGAAGUGCCUCCUUCUAACAGUACACUUUUGGCAGCCAAUCCCCAGGGCUUCCUGCACCACCUUCAGAGCUCUGCACAGCCCACGGGCGCUGGGCUUCCUGGAGUCUCAGAAGUCACCUCUGGACCAGCAGCUGCAGGUGCCCCUGAGGUCCUGCCCAGCAGAGUUCGGACUGUGCCUGUGGGAGGAGGCCCUGCGCUGCCCAGCAAUCCCAGGGUUACCAUUGCUCCUUCACAAAACCCAGCCAUUUUUCAGUCCAGCAUCAUCAUGGGAGAACAAAACCUCCAGUGGAUUUUAAAUGGUGCCACUGGAACACUGCAGAACCAAGAGCAAAUGCCACAGCCUCCUGUUGUAGAGAAGGUCUUCUUCACAACUGCUCUCCCUGUGGCUGGUGGUGCAGGGAGUCCAGUGCAGCAGAUUGGCCUGAGUGUGCCUGUGAUUAUCAUCAAGCAGGAAGAGGUGUGCCAAUGCCAGUGCGCCUGCCGAGACACAAGCAAGGACAAAGCCGGCAGCAAAGGCUGUUCCUCCCUCCUCUUGAAGACCUCGGGGAACCCACUGGCACCAGGGCCACAGGACUUCCCCAGGACGGUGGCCAGUACGUCCACUGUUACUGCUAGCUAUUCGUCUGUGUUGCCUCCUGCUGGCCAGCAGAGCACCCUACUGGGCCACCCGCCUGGCUCCCAGAACCAGUCCCUAAGUGCCAUGGAGGCCUCCCGCUUUCUUUCUCUCCAGACCUUGGAGACGGCCUCUCCUCUCGUUCCCCUUGAACCUCUCUUGCAAGGGGAAGAGAGACUCGCCUUGGGCAACAACUUCCCUUAGGGAAGCCCUGGAAAGCAGCAGCAGCAGAGAUGGCUGAGGGCCAGCUGCCUCGGAGUGUGUCAUGGGAUCCCUUUCUCCCAUGAGGAGACACAGCCAUGCCAGCUCUGCCUCCUUCGUCACUUUGGCUCAUAGCAAUGUGGGCGUAGGAAUUGGUCACUUUGGAAGCAGGGGUGGGCAGGCAGGCUGCACCUUGCUUUCAGGAGGGUGGGACGGAUUGCUCCUAGGCCUGGGGCUGGUUCAGAGUAGGAGCCCUGUAAGCAGGGAGGGGAAAGAAGUCAAUGUUUGUGUGAAAACAGGGAGACGGGGGUGGGGGGGACCUCUCCUGGCAGCAGAAGCAGAGAGGCGUGGAGAUGCCCUCCCCACAGCCGCCUCUGUCUCCUUGCUGUAAAAGGCAAAUGGUGCGCAUCACGAUCAGACUUUGCACACGAGCAAAAGGGCUGCUGGCUCUUUCCUCUUACCGUUCUGCCCUUCUUGGCAACCAAGUGCACUGCCUGGGUGUUUACAUGAAUUCAGGGGCUAAAAGAAUUUGCACUGUUCAGCUUUAUCGGAAUGACUAUCUCGGCAUAGAGCAGCUCUCGCUAGAAAAUGUUCCUCUUAGAUUGGCUGACUUUAGGGGGUUCAGGGAGGUGCUUAGGGGUCUCGGUGUUGGUCCAUUGGAGCAACCCACCUUGGUCUGGCAAAGCAGACUGUCCUUUCUCCAGCAGACUGUUGGGGUGCAGUGAGACAGGCGCCUUUCCUCUUAACUUACUCAGGGUAAAAUCCCAGUGUAGAAUGCCUGGAAGGUUUCGGGGAGUCUCCUUUCUAAAGUUUUGUACAUGUUUUUAUUUUGUCACAUCCGCUGUGUUUGGAUUUUCUAGUAAUCCUCUUUUGUUCCCAGGACAAAGGAUCUUGGCUCAGAAUGCCUGUCCAAGAGCUUUUCUCAAGCCGAGAGGCAGGCAGGGUGGUCAAAAAGCAGAGACGGAAGAAGCAGGAUCAUUGUCGCUGUGAUUAGGCUGUGGAGUGGAGGCGACUGCAAGCCCCCCUGCAGGUUCCCUCCUGGUGCUGCUGCUACUGCUGCAGGAGGUGGACCGGCUGGUUGCUGUUCCUCUGGGAGUAUCUGCAGUUCACUCCCUCCUAAGUUAAACACAGACAAGACCCCCCUGAAUCUCGCCCUGUGCCUGUCAGGAUUGCGUAGUUAAGGUGCUUCUUGUUGGCCUUGGAGAGCUACUCUACUGUCAGUUGGGGUGGGGCUUAGACUAGCAUGUCCCUGCAUGGAUUUUGUUCAUGUUAUAAGAGCAUUCUCUUUGCUUCAUGCUGCCUAUUGGAAAGGUUGCCCCCCACUCCCACCCCUGUGACUUUGGGAGCCAGCUGAUCCUGUGGCUUUGCUUAUGGGCUGAGGGUUGAGUAACUUAAUUGUACCAAGACUCCAGGGAGUGGAGUCCCCAUGGACUUCAUCUCAGCUGUGUAUUGAGGGUAGGAACAAGUCAUCAGAGCAGGGCAAGUGCUCAGUUUCUGGGAUAUGAAUGUCAUCUCUCGGACUUUUCAGCAGUGAUGAUACAAGCUGGGGAAUUCUCUGAUUCAUGAACAUGGAAAUGACUUAAGUUUUAGAAAAACCUGCUCUGAAGUCUAGUGUUUGCUGGCAGUUGCUUCUGCUAUUUAAGUUUAGGUAAGGAAAAUAGUUCACUGGGGCUGUUCUAGUUACACUUACUCACUUGCCUCUGAAAUGCACUUUAGUUCUCUUUCAGCUGGUGGCUGCGAUGUCAUUUGUAAAUAACUGCUCACAGUCCUUGGGUAUUUCUCUCCUUUUGUUCUGAGUAAAGUAUGUGGUGUGCAAAAAAAGUACUUAACUUCAGUGCAAUACAUUUAGCUAGAAGUGUCCACAUGCACUCUGUGAGUGUAGUUAUAUGUAUCUAUAUGUGCGUGCAUGCACACAAGUGUGUUUCUGUGGGAUCGAUGGAAGGGGCACAAAACCAUCUCUGCCCUUUUCUGACAUAUGCAUCUUUAAGCAAAUGUCCAGUCUAUGCAAAACCUCCAUUAGUAGCCUGAGCUGAAAGGACUCGGUCAGAUAAGAAUCUUUCCCAUUUUUGUCACUGCUUGGAGACCUUCCCAGCUGUCCUCCUCCUCACAAGGGAGGGAAGGACCAGGCUGCUCUUUGCUGAUCAUGAAGCUGUUCUGAAAACUAUGCUUCUGCCCUCUGAGUGCUCUGCCACCACCUGCCUGCCUUAUUUCCAACACACCAGGCGUUCCAAAAUUUCAAGGUACCAACAAGAGACAAGUUAAUCUUGGAAGAGAUGGCAGUAACAUUGGUGAGUUCUUAUCUAUUAAAGCAUGGGAAAUCUUGUUUGGAGCAUCUAUUGGCCCAGGAAGUAAAUGCUAUCUCCUAUCAUAUCCUUUGCAUUCGCUUCAGCAAUCUAAAACUAGCAUUUCCUGUUUUUAGCCAAUAUUUCCUGCUAGUGAUGGCUGGUUUUUCAACUUCUGCAUUGUUUAUUGUUUCUGCUUUGGAGUUUGUUCUGCACUGAAAAAUGCCAAGGAAACUGGAUAUAUUUAUAUAUGGUGUGUCUGUGUGUGUGUUUGUGAAAAUGGGUGGAAAUGGUAUGUUAUCCACACUGUGUUUUCAAUAGUGUGCACGCUGGCCAAACCCAGUUUCUAUGCAGCGGACACUUUCAAGUAAAUGCAUUAUAUUUUCCUUAUCACUUGAGUGUUUUAGCUUUUCUUCCCACAUACAGUCUUCAUCAGUAAAGUCCAGGGAAGAACGAUUAUUGUUGAUGUUCUUAUUUUGUAAUGUUAUUUGAAGUUUUUUUUUCUUUUGUUUUGCAGUGUUAUUUCUUCACAAAUACUAAAUACUGGCUUAGAUUAUAUGGGCAAAAAACAAAGCACCAUUCUAUCUAGCCACAGUCAGAAUUUAGGGGUGGAGCUAGAUGUGGGACUCUACUGAAUAUCAGAAAACAGUAUAAGCUUCUCUUCCGCUUUUGGACUAGUCCAAUUUAGGAUUAAGGCAUACCAGGAAAUAGAUAUUUCCCAUUGUUCCGAUCAUGAAAGUUUCAAACGCAUCUUUUCCUGUUGGGCAGAAAAACAUCAACUUGUGCAAGAUGGAGGGAGAGAAAACGCUUUAGUUGAAGAGAAGUGGUUUCCUUCCUUUUUUUUCAGCAGGCACUUUUCCACAAAGAACAAUUGAUUGCUUCCUAAAGUAAGGAGCCUAGAGAUUCCAAAGGUUCUCAGAGAUCAUUUUUGAAAGUGCCUUCCUGGGUUCCCUUCACUUUUGGACUGUGAUCUAAAUCUUCAUGAUCAGACUGGCUGGGUUUCAUGAAAGGUUUAGCCAGUUUAUGAAAGGCUUAACCAUUGCAAUGCACAACUGCUACAGUUUGGUUAGUCUUAAAUUUUGUAAUUGAUCAGCCUAUUGUGUUAAUUCAUGAUUUGAGGUGGUCUGUGAAUUGGGUGAAAUAUCAGGUUAUGCAUGUUGUGGGAACCCUGCCUCGACUAAACUCCACAACCUCAGAGGUGGGGAGAAUUUGAAGUAACCUGUUUCUCUCAGGAGUACCUAUAUUAUGCUUAAGCACAUUUAGUUUAACUUUGAAACCUGGGAUCAAAUGUCUGUGCAUUGAGUGAUGUGAAGAUGCUCACUAUAGGUACAGUACUUCCAAAGGAAGAGCUUUCCAAACACCAGAAGAAUAAACAAAGUUGUAUUUUUGAAGAAUGUAAAAUGUGAAAUAGGGUUUGCUACCUGCUCCCGUUUG